AUUAUAGUAUCUAUCGAUAUAGCUCAUAUACAUGUUUUUCAUUUAUUACCGCAUUACCGCAUAAUUAGGCGUGACUUUUUUUCGCAUAAUCAUAUUUCAGGCGAAUUUGAAUUUUUACUUGUUUAUGCUGCGCGCUAAACAUAACGACAUGCUUGAUCAUUCCAGUCGAAGUUUGAUGUUCUAACACUUGCUUUUAUUUUUCCAGAUAGAACAAAAACAAAAUGUCAGAAAAAACCACACAUGUAUCCUGUGGACGAGACUUCUCGUAUGUUCCUGACAUCCGAGAUUGUUUGCAAUUGGCGUCCGGGUCUGGUUAUGACUUCAUCGCCGUGCCAAUAGCACAUCCACGAUAUAAACGUGAAUUGGGAUCAACUGAUGGUCCUAAGCGACCGGGAGCGUUCACCCGAACAGACUUGUUGUUGCCCGGUUCGGAUUGGAGCAGCUUAGUGGUUGGUAAAAUAUCUCCUUGGAUUAACGUAGAUUCUAGAUGCGAGGUUGCUCGCAAGAACUCCAUACUGGCAAUCAAGCAAGAAUUAGCCUUUUCCAUACAUCUCAGUUUACCGGCUGCUAUGAUCAAAUUGAAAAGCCCGAACAACAUGCAACUAAGCCAAAUCGUUAAUCAUACUUUACGUAAUUCGACCAUCCAGCAAAUAUGGGUUAAUGUGCCACUAAAGUCGCCGUAUGACGUGUGCGAUAAUGAGUUGAUAAAUAAGAACUCAAAUUUGGCGGACUUACAACCCAAAGAUCAGCGAGCUACUGAUCCUUGGGAAUGGUGGAACGAGAUGCGCUGUCUUUGUAAUAACCAUCGAAAGCUCAAUCCCGUGUUAGAACUUAACAGUAAAGUAGUGAAUUAUGAUAACGUCAUAAAACGAUGGUUAGGUGAACCACUGAAAGCAGUGGUUAUUCCAACGAAUAUGUUUCUCACAAAUAAGAAAGGUUAUCCUGUACUCCCUAAAGAAACGCAGUUAGUUUUUCAAAAAUUUUCCAAAAUGAAUGUACAAUUCAUCGUUUCUGGGGCCGUUUUACACAAGAACAUCAUGUACUAUUAUCAUUAUUUAAAUCACCUCUACGCCACGCAGGGUUACGAUUCCGUUGAAAAGUUCGCAAAAGGUUAUGAAGAUUAUCUUCAAACUCCGCUUCAACCACUAAGUGAAAAUCUGGAGUCUCAAACGUACGAGAUAUUUGAAAAGGAUCCUGUGAAAUAUGCUGAGUACCAAAAUGCUGUUUAUAAAGCAUUAUUAGACCGUGUUCCAGACGAGAAAGCUGAUGAAGUUAUCACGGUUAUCAUGGUUGUCGGUGCAGGUAGAGGUCCUCUUGUGCGAGCCUCGCUUAAAGCUGCAAAGGAGGCUCAACGAAAAGUAAAAAUGUACGCUGUGGAGAAGAAUCCUAACGCAAUCGUUACUUUGGAAACGUUAAACGAGGAGGAAUGGAAAGGUGCUGUCACUGUUGUGUCGUGUGACAUGCGUCUGUACGAGGCGCCGGAAAAAGCCGACAUUCUUGUUAGUGAACUCCUGGGUUCAUUUAGCGAUAACGAACUGUCACCGGAAUGUUUAGAUGGUGCUCAAAAGUUUUUAAAAGAGGGCGGGAUUAGCAUUCCUUGUAAAUACACGUCAUACGCCACUCCUCUGUCGUCACCAAAGCUACACGGAGAAGUAGCAGCGUGUCGAGAAGUAGGUAAAUUGCCAGAAGCGCACUUCGAAUGUCCGUACGUUGUUCGACUACAAAACGUGAAUUACUUGGACGAGCCAAAAGAUGUGUUUACUUUCGUUCAUCCCAACUAUGAAGAGCCGAUUAAUAACGAACGUUACGUCAAACUCGAGUUUAACGUUGACAAAGCUUCCAUGAUACACGGCGUGGCCGGCUUCUUCGAUAUGGUUUUGUAUAAGGACGUUACCCUAAGUAUACUCCCGAACACCCAUUCGCCUGGUAUGUUCAGUUGGUUUCCAGCCUUCUUUCCCAUCGAAAAUCCGAUAUAUUGCCCAGCCGGUGGGAAAGUGUGUUUACAUUUUUGGCGAAAAGUUGCGAAGACGAAAGUUUGGUAUGAAUGGUGCUUCACAUCGCCGCAAGCAACUGCUAUACACAAUCCAGGUGGACGAUCAUACUGGAUCGGACUUUCCGCGUGAGGAAAGAAAAAAGAUAAAAGCUGAUUUAUGAAGAAAAAUCUCUGUUUUACAAAUGAUCUAUAUUUUUUAUAAUGUAAAAUAUGCAUGAUCAAAAAAUAUAUUUUGACUGACAACAA